AUGAUUUCAGCUCUAUUCCUUAUGAAUGGUAAAGGUGAAGUACUCAUAUCACGUAUUUACAGAGAUGACAUUAGUCGAGGUGUAGCAAAUGCAUUUAGAUUAGAAGUUGUUAGUUCAAAAGAGAAUAGAUCACCAGUAAAAUUAAUUGGAUCUACAUCAUUUAUGUAUAUCAAAGUUGGUGGUAUCUAUGUUGUAGGUGUCACCAGACAAAAUGUAAAUGCAUGUCUAGUCUUUGAAGUACUUCAUCAACUUGUAGACAUUUUCAAAUCUUAUUUUGAUAACUUUGAUGAAGACUCUAUUAGAAAUAAUUUUGUUUUGGUCUAUGAAUUAUUAGAUGAAAUAUUGGAUUUUGGUUAUCCACAAAAUUGUUCAACUGAUGUAUUAAAACUUUAUAUUACACAAGGACAAGGAAAAUUAAAAUCUAUUGAUAAGUUGAAACAAGAUAAAAUAUCAAAGAUUACAAUUCAAGCAACUGGAACAACACCAUGGAGAACACCAGAUAUUAAACACAAGAGAAAUGAAAUAUAUAUUGAUGUUGUAGAGAGUGUCAAUUUAUUAAUGUCAGCCGAAGGAAAUAUAUUGAGAGCUGAUGUUACUGGACAGGUAAUGAUGAAAUGUUAUCUCUCUGGUAUGCCAGAAUGCAAGUUUGGUAUGAACGAUAAGGUAUUGAUGGACAGAGAAAAGGGUGCACCAGCAUCUGCCCCAAGAGCCAGAAGAACCAACGGUGUAGAAAUAGACGAUAUAACAUUCCAUCAAUGCGUAAAGUUGGGUAAAUUCGAUACCGACCGUACCAUUAGUUUUAUUCCCCCCGAUGGAGAAUUUGAACUGAUGAAGUAUCGUACCACCGAACAUAUAAAUCUUCCAUUCAAGGUAAUCCCAAUCGUCAAGGAGAUGGGUAGAACCAGAAUUGAAGCAAGUGUAACUGUAAAAUCAAAUUUCAGUUCAAAGAUGUUUGGCACCAACGUAAAGGUCAUCAUUCCAACACCCAAGAAUACGGCUGUCUGCAAGAUUGUCGUUGCAGCUGGAAAGGCCAAAUAUAUACCAGAACAAGAUGCCAUCGUCUGGCGUAUUCGUCGUUUCCCAGGUGAUACUGAACUCACCCUUCGUGCUGAAGUCGACUUGAUGGCAUCAGUCAAUCUCGAUAAAAAGGCUUGGUCAAGACCUCCUAUUUCAAUGGAAUUCCAAGUUACAAUGUUUACCGCUUCUGGUUUCUUUGUUCGUUUCCUAAAGGUAGUAGAAAAGAGUGGUUACACUCCAAUUAAAUGGGUUAGAUAUCUAACAAAGGCUGGUACUUAUCAAAAUCGUAUCUAA